CGGGCGAGUUUUGAUAAGUGCUCGCUGCACCAAACGCCCACCAAAUAUGCGCGUAAAAAUUGCGUUGUAUCGUUGUGGGACGUCGAUGGGAACCGAUGUUCCGGCACGGGGAUUGAAACGACUUUCGACGAGCUAAACCGAUCCAUGAACGAUGUUGCCGUUGUCGCUGGGUAUCCUGCUGGACGAGAGGACCGACUCGUUCUGGUCGAGAAAGGAGAGGCGAAGGUGGUUCGUGUCGUUACUAUGCGGUACGUGUCUAAUAUACGCUACACGCACGUCUGUCCCUUUGCUGAUGCCCAUCGUCAGCAAGGAGAAGCAAUGGUCUAAGCCUGACUCUGGGGUGAUAUUGUCGAGUUUCUUUUGGGGAUACACGCUGACGCAAGUGGCCAGUGGCUACAUUAGCGACAGAAUCGGUGGACAGAAAGUAUUGUGUAUAGCUGCCCUUGGUUGGUCUGCGACGACCUUCUUAAUGCCAGAAAUUAUAGAGUUCUUUUCUAAGGAUGAAACGUCCAUUUUGCUGGUCGCAGCAUUAAGAACGAUUAAUGGAGCAUUUCAAGGAAUGCAUUUUCCUAGCAUGAUUAGUCUGAUCAGUCAACGUUUGCAAGAAGCAGAACGCGCUUCUUUCUUUAGUUUGUUAACAUCAGGAUCUGCUCUGGGUACAUUGCUCACUGGAUCCUUAGGCUCGUAUCUCCUGGAAAAUUAUGAUUGGAUGACUGUUUUUCGAGUGUUAGGGGGCAUGAGUUUGGCAUGGACAGCCUUGUUAAACUACCAUACCUUGUCACUUAAGGAAAAAGCAGCUUCCACUAAACCAGCUACUAGCUACACCUUGCCUUGGCUCAAACUUCUGUCAAAGCCUCCAUUCUGGUCUUGUGUCAUUGGACAUGCUUGCCAAAAUAAUUGUUUCUUUGUGUUACUCUCGUGGAUGCCGACAUACUUUCAUGAUACAUUUCCUGAAGUUAAGGGUUGGGUUGUAAAUAUGGUGCCAUGGUUGUCAAUGUUACCUUGUACAAUUCUGGGGAAAGCUCUGUCAGAGAGAAUAAUAGAAGCUGGCUAUUCUGUGACUGUAACGCGUAAAACCAUUCAAACAGUCUGCUUUGUUACCGAAAUUGGAAGCCUCUUGGCUUUGAUGAAAGCGGAAAGUUUUCAAAGUGCAAUAUUGUGUCUCGCGCUGAUCAUUGGUGGUUCAGGCUUUCACAGUAACGCGAUCGCUGUAAAUCCGUCGGACCUUGCACCGAAGCAUUCUGGCAGUGUAUUUGGCCUCAUGAAUACCGUCGGUGCUAUACCCGGUUUUCUUGGUGUAUAUUUCUCUGGAUACAUCUUACACGUGACACACAGCUGGUCUGUCGUUUUCCUAUUUAUUGCCGUAAUCGAUGUCCUAGGAUGCAUAAUAUAUUUAUUAUUCGGCUCAGGCCAAGCAAUUAUAUGAAUUACAUUCCA